UGCUUUGAUUCCAACUGUCCGCACUAAUUUACUACGAAUAUUUGUGUAUUAUUGUAUAAUUUACGUUAAAGUUAUCUAAGAUUGUUUAGUGAAUCAAUGGCUAAAUGGACUGUGGAAAGAGCUUUAACAAAAGUAGUUAAGAAAUUAGGCAUUCUAGGAUACAAUAAGAGAAGAAACAUCUAUGGCGUAAAUCCGUUAAUAAUUUCCACCAGCUAUAUUUUAUUAACGUUACUUUUAGCCAAUUUAGCCAGAAAAUUAGUAGAACGAUUUAUAGACGAAUCAAAACAAGUAGUUAGAGACUUGCUUUACGAAUUUAUAGCCACUUUAGAGUUAUGCGCUUGUUGUUUUGAAUUAAUUAUUGUUGCAGAUAAUUGGGGAGUUACAGCGUAUGCAAUAUUCCUAGUUUUAUUAACUAUCUGGUGGUCGACGAAAUGGGGAAACGCAUCAGCAUGUCCGUAUUCACCAAUAGAAGAGAUUUUGGAAGGGACCAGGUGUUUGAAGGACGCCCUGUAUGUAAUCGGUGUCCAAGUGCUUGCAGCAUUCCUCACUUUUAGGUAUAUUCAAGUUUUAUGGUCAUUAGAGUUAGUUGAAACGCACAUGGACAAAGCUUACGAAGACUGCACGGCUGACCUACAAGUGGACAUGAUAUCUGGUGCAGUUAUAGAAGCUACACUCACAUGUUUCUGUAGAUUAGCAUCCAGAAUAUUGGCAGAAACAUCCUGGAAAUACAGUCACAUAUUAGAUGCUGUAUUUGGCACACUAAUGGUUGUAGCAGCGUUUAACUUCUCGGGCGGCUACUUCAAUCCGGCACUGGCAACGUCGCUAAAAUUCGGAUGCACCGGAAACACGUUCGCUGAACACGUCAUAGUCUAUUGGCUGGGUGCCUUCCUCGGUUCAGCCAUAUCUGUCAUCAUUUUCAAUUCCAAUGUAGUGCAACAGAAAAUAAAAUCAUGCAAAGGAGAGCUAUGGCACAACCAGGAGAUCAAUAACGCAUCAGGAUUCAAAGAGGAAUGAAGAAAUAAUAAAUAAAUUAAUUAAAUAAUUAAUUCCAAUUAUGAGGGAGUGUUUUUAAUACUGUGAUACUUUUAAAUUAUCGAAUAAUCCUAUUAAAACCUAUUAAAUACA